AUGAGAGUAAUACUACUAUCUCUUCUGUUAUACAACGCCAGUGCUGCAAAACAGUGGUGUGAAUUUGAUGGUGUUAUCCAGUAUGCAGAUGAUGUCAAUUGCGUUGAGUCUAGUGAAUGGAAUAUCAACGACAUAACAUUUAAGUUCACCGCCAGUUGUUGCACAACCCAGACAAAAACACUCAACGAUGAUGGCGAGAAAAGUGGUGAUGAAAAGGUGUUUAGUUUUGAUAAUGAUAAAAUCGUUUUAAAAACGUUGUUUCUCCAACUUACAAAUAACUAUGCAAAGAUCAAAAUAUGGGACGGAAACCGGACAGAAGGGUUAUUCGUUGCUUUUGGUUGUUUUGAUAAUCAAUCAUUUUGUCGUACAACUGUUAGACAAGAUAAAUUGGCAUAUAUAGACCACCAUUGGCAUGGCAUAUCUCUAUUUUCAGAUAUCGACCAGUACUUUUAUAUUUGGAUAUAUUGGGAAGGAAACGAAUUACCAGUACAACUGUUUAUAGAUGGAUAUGUCUCUCAACACGUUACUCUCGAUUAUAUGAAAUCAUCAACUCAAAAUUUAAGUUAUCUAUACUCCAGAAAUAGAUAUUUAUUUACAGGUAAUUCAAAUGAAGAUUUAAUUGUAAUCAAAAACAAAGAUGGUGUUGCAAAAGAAGUCUGUGAACGGUUUAAAUACAAAAGAUUCCUCUUUUUCGAAAAAUCAUAUAAAACCACAUAUCUUAGUUACACGGCGUGUACUUGUAAAAGUACAACACACCAACUUCUUGAAACUUAUGACUGGAAUUAUCCCGAUUGCCGAUAUAACCAUUCUUUAUACGAUUUGGAUUUAACAAAUGAUGUUGACAAUGAAGUCACAAUAGAAGUUCAACUUUCCUCGUAUUAUUCAGUUUUAUUUGACACAAAUAAGAAAUACAUUUUAACGCCAUUCAACGAUAAAACCACUCCUAUGACUUUCACACAUUUUGAAAUGAAGGAAAAUGUUAAGGUUGAAUUCUUGAUUGAAGUUUUUAUUAAUAAUCUGACGAUAACUUCCAUUGGUGAUUAUUACUUCAAAAAAGGCGUCAAUAUACAAACAGUUAAUAACAACAAAGAUUUUACCAAUAAAAUCUUGUUUUCUGUUGAUAAAAAACUGACUGGUGAUGGUACAUUAUUGUCUUGUGGGCGUAGAGUGUUUUAUGUUGAAUCACUGUUAAAUGGGUAUAUGUGUUAUUGCAAUUACACCAAUGGCGUUUGGGAUCCAUCAGACACGUCUUUGAACAAAGGAGAUUGUUUGGAGUAUUCAUUACAAAGCAGUUUAAUACUUCAAAUCGACUCCGCCAACUACGACGUGGCUGCAUAUCAAAGUUGGCAACAAAUCAACUUUUUCAAUCAAAGAAGUACAAUCACAGGAAGUCAUGUCCUCGAAACACAAAAUGCCAACAUCCAAAGUGAUGUCGUUUUCCAAAACAUUAACACCGUUUUUCAUAUAAAAAAUAUGUUGGAGUUCAACCAAAAUACGCAUAUCAUAUUUCAACAAUUUACAACGCUGUUGAUUGAUGAAGAUGUCAAGACUGUUCUUCACAAUCCACAAAACAACACAAAUAGAAAUGGAAUAAUUAUGAUCGAAACCGAUGCAAACUUUCAAAACAACAACGAUGCAAUGACUGUCCAAUUUGAUAGCACCACUUCAUUAAAUUAUUGCAUCGAAUUGAUAUCUUUUGAAUCCCUUCACCAAUUUGAAGCUUUCACUCCAAAUUCAAAACUGAUUGGCGGGAAAUUAUAUCGGAUUUGUCAUGAAGGAAAUUUACUUAAUGAAAACACGCAAUGCAAUUUCACAGGAAAUGAUAUGAAUGCUCACCUAAGUUACGAAGAAAAUAUCCUUCAUUGUCCAAUUAACACGGAGAACGCAAUGAUUCUGUUGAAAACCAACAACUUGGCACAAACAGUAAACUUCAAUGGUCAUUUUGAACAACAAAAUAAUUCCACUCUGAAAUUUACUAAAAGCAUCAACCAUUUGACUCAAUUUAAAGAAGUGAAUGAAAGUGUUAUUUAUAUCGAAGACAAUUCAAUAGAUGGUGGAGUGUUCACUUUAGAAGAUCAAACAAAAAAGUUGUUUAUGGGAAACAAUUUUGGCUUUCAAAGUUCGACAACAAAAAGUAUGAAGAAAUCGUUGAGUUUUGCAGUGACAAGUGAUACAAAAUACAACUGCGUUGGGUUUGAAGGUAACGUGGACUCAACACAAAAUUCGAUGUGUCUUUCUUGUAAAAAUGAAUGUUAUUUAUAUGAAAAUAAAUGCAAUGUUAUAUCAACUGUAUGUAAUAGAAUAUAUAAAUCAUUGCAUUAUUCUUUAUGUGAAGAAUGUCCGAUAAAAUACGAAGCUAAGAGAUACGAAUGUUAUCAAUGUCCUGACAAGUGUCUUCGUUGCGUUGAUGGAAAAUGCAUUUCUUGUGAACAGAACUAUUAUUAUGAUGACAAUGGUGUCUGUCUACCAAUUGAUAAUUCAACGGGAAGUGUUCAACUCUAUUGGUUACAGAUUGCAAGAAAGUGUUCAGAAGGGUAUUACACGUCAUCUACAACAUGUCUCAAAUGUCCAGACAAUUGUAUUCAAUGCAAAGAUUCAUUAACAUGUCAAAUAUGUAAUACAAUAAGCUUUUUAAUCAAUAAAGGCGAUUCUGUCAUAUGUGAAGUCCAAAGCAAUGUUUCACUUGCAACAACAUCGACUAUUUUGUAUUGUGCAACAAGUUAUUACAAAGAUACAUCGAGUAAUUCUUGUAAAAGGUGUUCAACUACGUUUGGUGAAUUGUGUGAUUUGUGCGAUUUUGACAAAUGUUUGAAGUGUUCGCAAAAUGGAAUCAUCAAUAGAGUGACUGGGCAGUGUGAAGUUCUAUCAGAGACUUCAUGUUCCACAACCCAAAACACGUAUUGUACUUUUUGUGAGCACAAAAAUUAUACUGUGAAUACAAGUGGCCUUUGCGAAGCCAACACCAACUGUGCAAUUUCAUUCAAAAAUGGGAAAUGUCCAGUUUGUGAAGAUGGAUAUUUUAAUACACCUUCAAGAGUAUGUGAACUCAACACUACACAAAGUGACAAAUGUACUAAAUUAACACAAGAAGGCGACAGGUGUUAUCAAUGUCAAACUGGUUAUUUUGUAAAGGACAACAAGUGUUCCAAAUGUUCAGACAAUUGUGUUGAUUGCUAUAAUUUAGAUGAAUGCCUCCUUUGCAAAGACAACUACUUUUUACUUGAAAAUGGGACAUGUGGAGAGAUAUCUGAAGUCACAAACAACUGCAAAAAGCUGAUUCAGACGCGUUCUAUAUGUGCAAUAUGUCACACCAACUACUUCAGAGAUGCAGAUGGAAAGUGCGAGAGUUGUAUUGAGAAUUGUACCACAUGUAAUCAGAAAUCUACAUGUCUACAAUGUGUACAAUACAACUUUUUGCUGACAGAUUCAACAAAAUGUCUUUCAUAUGACUACUUGGAUAACUGCGACAUAAAAACUAUGAGUGGAUGUGCGUUGUGUUCGAAGGGGUAUUUCAUUGUAAAUCAGAUGUGUGCAAAAUGUGACUCAAAAACAACGAAUUGUACUGAAUGUACACAAUAUGGGGUAUGUACAUCAUGUACAGACAACUUCGUCUUAUUAUCAGAUGUUUGUACUUCAAUUGACAAAAUAUCUGAUUGUAUUGAAAUCGCACAAUCGAAGUGCUCUAAAUGCACAUUCUGGCAUAUUCCCAAUAACUCUGGAACGUCCUGCCAAACGCAAGCUGUCUGGUGGGUCAUAUUUGUGUGUGUUUUCUUUGUACUCAUAGUAAUCUUAUUGUUUAUAAUAAUGUGUAUAAUAAUUACUUUCAAAGUGAUUGAACACAAAAGGAGAAAGAAAGCACAAAAGGAGACGUGUCUGUUUGAAAUGAGCAAAUCAAACAUCAAAUUUAUCAAAACGACAAAUAAAAACGUUGUAGUCAAUACCAAUAAAAUAACUUUUGAGAGUGCGGAUUGUGGUGAUCUCAAAGUUGGGGAAGAGUUGCGUGAAUUAAUUUGUAUUGGUAACAAUUCCAAAAACACCAUCAAAGUUCAGUUUUCUUCGAAAGGAGACAACUAUAAAUAUUCAUUCAGAAGUGAGCCAAAAGUCGUUUCAAUUCCAAAAGGAAAAGCGUGUGAAUUUGAGGUUUUUUUGCUGGUGAAUUGUUCGACACAAAUAGAAGAUACCAUCUCUUUGUUCUCUGCAAAUUUAAAGAAAGGGGAGACUUCCGAAGUUUCGAUUGGAAUUAGUGGGAAGACUGAAAUAUCGACGCGUUUAGACCCAGACGAACUUAAAGAAGAAAAGAAACUUGGUGAAGGCUCUUUUGGAAUUGUUUACAAAGGAAUUUUUCGAGGACAUGUUGUUGCAAUUAAAAAGAUGAAGGAAUUUUCUGAGACGAAACAAUCGAUGGAUGAAUUUACAAAAGAGGUGUCAAUGUUAGACAAAUUCCGAAGUGAGUAUAUCGUCCAUUUCUAUGGCGCGGUCUUUAUUCCAUCUAAGAUAUGUAUGGUCACUGAAUUUGCUGAAUUUGGCUCAUUAAGAGACUUGAUGGAUCACAAGACAACCGAAGAAGUCAAUUUAACUGUGAAAACGAAGAUUUGUCUUGAUUCAUCAAAAGGAAUUCUUUAUCUACACGAAAAUGGGAUAUUACACAGAGACAUAAAACCUGACAAUUUCCUGAUAUUUUCACUUGAAGCGAAAGAUACCGUUAAUGCUAAACUAACAGAUUUUGGGUCAAGUAGAAAUGUCAAUCAAUUAGUUUCUAACAUGACAUUUACAAAGGGAAUUGGAACACCAAAGUAUAUGGCGCCUGAGGUGUUAGGCAAAGAGAAAUACAAGAAGGGCGCUGAUGUAUUUUCAUUUGCGAUUACUAUGUAUGAGUGUUUGAUUUGGGCAAAUCCUUUUCCUAAAGACAAGUUUAAGUAUCCAUGGAGUAUCGCAGAUUUCAUCACAAGUGGCAAACGAUUUGACAAACCCGAAGAAAUACCCAAUGUAUUGUAUGACAUAUUAUCUCGAGCAUGGACAUGUAAUGUCGAUGAAAGGUCCGAUAUUGAAACGGUCGUAAAAAGUUUAGAACAAGCAAUAUCAUUAGAUUAG